GUGCAGGUACUUGAGAUCUAUUACCUCUGUUUUCCUACAGAGGUAAUCAGUUUCUAUUUCUUUGUGCAGGUACUUGAGAUCUAUUUACCACAUAAUGCAACCAAUAUGGUGUUUUCGUGGUGCAGGUUUUCAUUUCAGCUAUAUAUAUGGUCAUGGACUCUUGCAUGGUUGCAUAUGAUCACACAGAACAGAGGCCUCUGUUCCUAAAGUUACUGGAUAAAAUUUCACCAACGUUAGCGAGUCUUCAUUUACCUAUGCUUAUUGCAAUGUUCAGAGUCGAGAUUGAACAAGAAACGCAUGCACGCAAUGUGCCUGUGGUCUACAACUUAUUGUUUUGGACAAAAUGUUUAAUGAGGAAAAGUGCUUUAAAUCAACUUCUAGAGGUGCAGUGCAGAAGCACUUUUCGUAGCUACUCAAGCCCUGCAUAUUGUCUCCUGCAAGGAUUAAAAGAAAGAUAG